GCGGCUCGCCUCGCCAUUCGACUGACUGUUGAAUGGACUGUCUGUCGGAACGGAAGAAAAAAGGCGGAGACUUUUUUUUGUUUUGUUUUGACGGCGUUUUGCAGAAAUGCCUUUCUCCUGUUUUCUGGUUGGCUGAGGUUAGCAGAGGUUGCAUGAUCCCUCCCCUCGCUUCUAAUUGGCUAGAACGGCCUGCUCGAGGUUCGAGUGCCGUCUAUUUUCUCUUUUCUCACCUGACCCCUCUUGUGCUUGCGCCGUUUUUGGAAAUGACUUUCCUCUGCUGUCCGAUUGGCUAAAAUGUGCUUAUUGUCCCAAAUGUUGAUUUUUUUGUUUUUUUUGUUUUUUAGGUUGUUUUUGGAAUGUUUUUGUGCUUACUGUCAUGUUAUUUUCAAGUCUGUGCCUGUCGGUCUACGUCGUCACCUUCGUGCUGGGCUUCCCGGCCAACGCGCUGGCCUUCUACACCUUCUGCGGCAAAGUCCGGCACAAGGCCACGCCCAUCGACAUCCUGCUCCUCAACCUGACCGUCUCGGAUCUGCUCUUCCUGCUCUUCCUGCCCUUCAAGAUGCGCGAGGCCAUGACCGACAUGAUGUGGGAGAUGCCCUACGAGCUGUGCCCGCUGUCGGGCUUCAUCUUCUACAUGACCAUCUACAGCAGCACCUUCUUCCUGACCGCCGUUAGCGUGGAGCGCUACCUGGGCGUGGCCUUCCCCAUCCGGCACAGCCUGAAACGCCGGCCGGUCUACGCCGUCGCCGCCAGCGUCUUCUUCUGGAUCUUCUCCAUCAGCCACCUUAGCAUCGUCUUCAUCAUGCCUUUCAUCGGGACGCCCGAAGAACCCGUCAACGCCACGGCGGCGGCCAACGUCAGCGCGCCGGCUCGCCGCGGGUCUCCCGAGGAGGUUUGCUACGACGACUUCUCGGAGGCCCAGCUGAAGGUGCUCCUGCCGGUGCGUCUGGAGCUGUGCGUGGUUCUCUUCUGCAUCCCCUUCCUCAUCUGCAGCUUCUGCUACAUCAACUUCAUCCGGAUCCUGUCGCGGCUGCAGCACAUCGACCGGCGGAGGCGUCUAAGGGCCAUCGGCAUGGCGCUGGGUACGCUGCUGGUUUUCGCCGGCUGCUUCGGGCCCUACAACGCGUCCCACGUGGUGGGUUUCCUCACCUGGCGGAACCCCGACUGGCGGGAUAAGGCCCUGCUGUGCAGCACCUUCAACGCCUGCCUGGACCCGCUCAUCUUUUACUUUUCGUCGUCGGCCGUGCGGGGCACCGUGGCCCAGGUGAUGAAGGGGGCGAGGGAUCGCCUGAGCGGGUGCCCGUCCGGCCGUUGCCCGCGGAGGGUCCCCGAGCGGGGAGGCGGGGACGAUAAGGAGUGCAAACGGGAACGGAACAACGCCGCUACCUAGCGUCCGGCCGGCGGGAAAUUGGCGUCACGUUUAUGUCCGUCCGUGUUGUGUCGCUUCCCCGAAGGACCGCCGCCUGUCAGGACGACCGAAGCGACGCCAUUUUGUCGCAUUUGAAUGAGGUCGCCCAACAUGGACUUCCAAUAAAACGAAGAGCA